AAUAGUAAAUUGGCAAACUGCUCAUCUCACCAUCAAAACGUCAUACGAAAGAAAAAUACGGGAAAUCUUGAAUAUAGCAAAAAGUCGCAGAAGCGCACGAGAAAUAUCGCUUUACAUUCGGACUUUCACGAAAAAGUUAAUCAGUGGAAGGAAUUACUAAAAAAUGAAGUUGCUUCCGGUGUUAAGGAAAUCCGGGAUCUUCUGCUGAAUCCGUCGGUUGACGAAUUGGAAAAACUUGGCCAGAUUUCUGGAGGACUUCAUUUCCGUACACAGUAUUUACACGCAUUGCACGGACGCGUCAUUGUCUUACAACAGAUAAAAGGACCAGAGCAGAAAGUCUCGAAUAAAACUUUCCGUCCAGGCACGCCUGUGUUGUUAUGCCGAAUUCCAGAGCUUACAAGCGUUAGCGAUUGUAUUGUAAUUUCAUGCUCUGGAAAUCAAGUGAGCCUAAAGGCAAAGGCGAAAAAAGAAGUGAAUCUUAAUUCUUCUGAUGAAUUUGUGUUGAUACCAUCUGUUGGCCUCGGAUAUCUGACAGCUUUAGAUGAAUUUCUGGAAUUGAAGUGGAGAGAUUUCCCAGGCGAAAAACUGAUUCAUUAUGUUCAUUGUAGUGUACCUUUACCAACAUCACGACCAGAUGAAGUUUCCAGAAAAGCAGUUAAACUCAAUGAAGACCAAAGACGUGCUGUAUCUGCUGCAUUAAACAAAAGUCGACCGAUUGUGACCAUUCAUGGUCCACCUGGUACUGGGAAGACGGCUGUUAUUGCGGAGAUUGUGAUAGAAGCCGUAAGCAGGAAGCAAAAGGUGCUUAUUUGUGCCCCCUCAAACGUUGCAGUGAACAAUAUUGUGGAUCGAUUAAAAGACUUAGAUGGAAUAUGUGUAUUGGGAUUUAAUUCAGAGCUAUCAUUGGCCAGUGAACUGGAGCAACAUGACAAAUUCAGUGAUAUUCAGUGUGCCUUCAAAAAAUUGCAUUCAGAAGAAGGUAGUGGAAUAAUAUCUGGAAAUAACCGUGAUGAACAUGGAAAAGCUUGGCACCAUGCCAGUAAGAUGUUAUGGAACCUAAAAGAGAGCAUUGUAAGUUGUAAACAAGUGAUUGUAUGUACGCUAACAAAUAGCUCACUGCGAUUUCUUCGUGAACAAGGUUUCCAACCCAAUUUGACAAUAAUAGAUGAAGCUGCACAAGCUUUGGAAUGUGUUGCAUGGUACUCGUUGCUUCUGUCUCGUAGGGCUGUAAUUGUUGGCGAUCUAUGGCAAUUACCACCGGUUUUGAAAACUUCACGAUUGCGGGAAAUGGAUGACAUCAGUAAUUCAUUAUUGGAUACUUUAUCCAAGAGAUUUGGUGAAACUAAUUCAUUCAUGUUGACAGAGCAAUAUCGUAUGAACAAAAAAAUUAUGAAAUGGCCUUCUUCAUUUUUUUACAAGUCACAGCUACGCCCGAACGAGCAUAUUGCUAACCAACUUUUGAGUGAUAUAAGCAAAGUGCCUAAAGGAAGUUUGUUCGAUGAACCAAUGGUGUUCAUUGACACAAGCCAUGAUAAAUCUGCAGAAAACAUCGAGAAGCUAUAUCGAUACUCAUAUGCAAAUGCGCUAGAAGCGAAAUUGAUCAUCAGAUAUGUUACUGCACUAAGCACAUUUGGUGUCCGAGAGGAAGACAUUGGUAUCAUAGCACCAUAUAUUGCACAGGUGGACAUGUUGAAGAAAUCAUUAAAGACUAGUAGAGUGAACAGUGUGGACGCCUUUCAAGGUCAAGAAUGUGAAGUAGUUGUUAUGUCAUUGGUCAGAAAUAAUAGCGACGGUCGAAUUGGAUUUCUAAAAGAUGAACGACGUUUCAAUGUAGCCGUGACAAGAGCUCGUCGGCAGUUCGUCCUGGUGGGUAAUGUAAGAAUGAUGAAACAUGCUGCGCACUUACAGUCCCUGACCGAAUAUAUGCAAAGUCACGGUAGAAUCGUUAAACAAGAGGAGUUGACUGACCACCUGGCUAUCAUUAAGAAGCAAUCGAAAAAAAUUCAAAUGCAACUAUUACGGAAACCGAAGCCUGUGACCGGUCAGGAUGCACUGUGA